UAUACUAUGUUCCACUUAAUUCUUUCUUUUUGAAUUUUUAAGAUUUCGAGGGACUUUUGAAGUUUUUACUCUGAGUACUCCACUCCAUCACUACUGUUAUAUAUACCACAUUGUUUCCUUCGUUUUUCUUCCAUUGUCCUCUACCUUGCAUACUAUGUUAACUUUCUUUGGUCUCAAAAAGAUUGAUAUAGAAAAAAGUGUAGAUAAAAGUUAAAAACAUUCACAAGUUUCACUUGAACGAAAUUUGUACUAGUUAAUAACACACUGAUCUCCUCCUUUUGAAUGGUUAUAAUGGAGACAGUGAGCUCUUGUGGUGUUAAAUGCAAGUCAAAUAGGUUAGAAGGGAUCAACGAAGACGGUGCAGCAAAUUGGCUACCCGGGGCAUGCCCUCCACCAGAAACUCCUACCGAGUCUAUGGAGUUCCUCGCAAGAUCAUGGAGUCUGUCAGCUAAGGAACUCUCCAAAGCUCUUUCUCACACAAAACAAACAAGUUAUCUAGACGAGAAGAUGUCAGUGUCACUUUCAUUACAAGCACAGCAUGGAAAGACCUCGAUUAUAGAGGAACUUCAAGAACAACCAUUACCUAACUCUGAUAGCCCUCCAGUUUCUCCUCGGGGAAGUGAUAAUACGAAGGAAUUGUUUUUACUACAUCAGGCACUCAAUCCAGAUUUCCUCUCCAGUCAUCAUCUGCUGAAAGCUGGGCUCUACAGGACCGUGAUGCGUGGCAAGACAAUUGGUAGAUGGCUGAAAGAUCAAAAAGAAAAGAAAAAACAAGAGCUUAGAACUCACAGCGCCCAGGUGCACGCAGCAGUUUCAGUAGCAGGGGUUGCAGCUGCAGUGGCUGCUCUUGCAACCUCAUCAGUAACUUCUCCAGACCAGUCCAUCAUCCAACACAAGACAUCUUCAAAGAUGUCAACUGCAAUUGCAUCUGCAGCAGCUUUAGUUGCAUCCCACUGUAUUGAAAUUGCAGAGGACAUGGGUGCCGAACAGGAUCAAAUCUUAUCAGUUGUAAAUUCAGCUAUCAAUGCAAAAACUAGUGGAGACAUCAUGACUCUAACAGCUGGAGCUGCUACAGCAUUGAGAGGUGCUGCCACUCUAAGGGCGGGGCUGCAGAAAGGAAAUGGAGCUGCAGCUGUUGGUCUAGCUGAUGAGUGUGUCGAAGGUAACAAAGAAUCAACUGUUACAGCAGCUCUUAAUUUUGUUGCCAAAGGGGGAGAACUACUCAAACGUACAAGAAAAGGAGAUCUCCACGGGAAACAAGUCUCUUUCAACAUAAACUCGGAUUGGCAGGUGAUAGCUAAAAUGAAAAGCAAGCACAUGGCAGGAACAUUCACAAAGAAAAAGAAACUUGUGGUCUCUGGAGUCUGUUGUGACAUACAACCAUGGCUUGGACGAGAUGAGGAACAUAACGAGCAGAAGUGCUACUUCGGGAUACAAACUGCUGAAAGGAUGAUUGAAUUUGAGUGCAGAAACAAAGGGGAGAAACAAAUGUGGGUGGAUGGGAUUCAACAAAUCUUGUACUGCCGCAUGAACAUGACAUGACUUUGGAUGAACAUUUCAAAAGAGAACCGAACAGUAGUUUUUAUAGCAGUUGACAAUGUGUGACUUCCAAUUCUAAAAUACAGCAUCAAAUCAAAGAAACAAUGGGAUUGAUUUAA